AGCUAUUGGAGUUCCUGGACAUAACUCGCUGAAUAUUAGUCGGGACGGAAUCCAGUUUGGAACAAAUGGCUUAGAGAACAAUAAAACAUUUCUUUAUGUCCGAUGCAGCAUUUCCUUGCGUUCUACGGUUCUCGAGAAGAACGAUUGUGGGGUUGUGAUUGAGUGGCCGAGCUCUCCAGUGUGUGAAUUACUGGUCCCGUCAGGUGUCCACUCAACGUUGCACACUGAUCCCACUCAAGGCAGCUCAGUGGGUCUGGUGGUAGGCCUGAUCAUACUGGUGGCUGUUCUGUGCUUGUUGGUGCUGUAUUUCAGAAAACCAGCGAACCGCAGCCAUUUGAGAAGUCGAGUGAGCUUACUCCUUGGUGUGCGACACAAUGGACAGUUCCACUACUCACGGCUAGAGGCGGCUGAUGAAGCGAGCCAGCUGCUGGUGAGUCAUAUGGAUGGACAAGAGUCUGACAGUGACGACGAACUGCUGAGAAUGUGAGGCGUCAGCUGUAUUUGUUAACUUAAUAAUCACUGUAUUAUGUGUAAGCAGCAUUUUCACUUCUGUUCACAAGACUGCCACCAGGAGCAGCCCAUUUGUUGGGACUCCACUUUAGUUUCAUUGCACCUUGUUAGCAUUGACGAUGAUUUGGAUAUAUGCAGUGCCUUGAAGAUUCUGUCCUUUGUGGGUGGUGUCCCUUCAUUUGUCAAGCACAUAACAGAUAUGAUGAAAACUGUUGGCCGAAUUUAAAUUAAAGGCGUUUAAAACUCUGA